AUUAAGGUUAUAACAACCAACAAGAAUGCACUUUUUUGUAGAAAUCUGUGGUUAAAUUGAAUCUUCCUCACUAGUGAUUCAAAUCCACCCUGGUUUUAAUUUUUAGUAUGUACUUAAUUACUGCUCCUCCUUCAGUUGCUCAGCAUUAUAUACAUAAUUGUAAUAUUGGUAAGAAUUAUUGUUGUUGGUGGUAGGAAAUAUUUAUAUUAUGGCACACCCAAUGUUCCCUGUUAGGGAAGGUGACUAUUUCUGAUUUGGAAAUCAGAAAAUGGAACCAACCUGUCUGGUUUCACUGCCCAAACAAUGUGAAGGGCAAAAAGUAAAACAGAAUUUAAACAUUCUUUAGAUUUUAUAAUGUAACGGUGAUGUCAGUAAGAGUAGGGCAGGUAAAGGUUUGGAACUGUAGUCUAAGGAACAGAAUAAAUUUGUCACACCAGCUGAGUCAUUGUGCCUCUCUCCACUGCAGAGGCUGGUGGUGGUUUUGUGAUCUGAAGAAACAAGUAAUAUGUACAAGUCUGAAACCACCAAUCUAUUUUGCGUAGAGCCUCAAAUUAGGCCUAUGAUGAUGAUUUAUAUUUUAUGUAUUUAAUACUGUAGUGCUCAAUGCUUUACUGUAUUUGGAGGAAGACAGCAUCUUGGUGUUACAAUCUAAAUUAGGUAGUACAGUUCAGAUAUGUAAUUUAAAGAAAAACAGAUAAUCUAAUCACUGGUCCCCUUUUGUAUGUCUGUGUAUGUAGCAUUUUUAUUUAUCAUGUACUGUAUAUAGCUGAAAGUGUGCUGGGUAAUAUAUAGUAAAUGGUCUCUGCCAAACAAUUAACAGGUCAAAAUCAAGACAAGACAAAACAGAACAUAUACAGCAUGCUCCUGAUUAUUGGUGGGUCCUUUGGUCUCCGUGAGUUCACUCAAAUCCGUUAUGAUGCUCAAAAACUCCACAGCAAGAUGGAUCCAGCUUUGGAAGAAAGAAUCAGAAAGAAUAAGAUAUCAUUGGAAUCUGAAUAUGAGAAACUGAAAAACUCUGACUUUGAUGACUGGAAGAACAUCAGAGGGCCCCGUCCAUGGGAGGAUUCCAAGUCCCUUCAAGAGCAGCAGCAGCAAGUUCUUCAUUCCAAGUCAUCUUGACUAUGUGCGCUCACUCCGGUGUCUUUGUAGAAUCACUGCUAUGCCAGUGACUGGGCUUUCUUGCCUUCUAAUCUUGUGUCCAGGGAGAGACAUGGGUGGGGGAAAAACCAAGCUGACAGGUGGUUUACUUGAGACCAGUCUGAGAUGAAAUGUUAAAUAAAGAUCUUUGUUCAACUGCAGCCAUUUGCAUGGAAGCCCAUAGACUGUGUAUAUUAAUUCUUAAUAAAGAUCAGUCCAUUCUUUCAUUGA